UGACGGAGAGGUCUGAGAAUUCUGUGCUAAAUCUGAUAUUCCAGUCCGAGAUUAAGACAAAUCGGGAUUAUCUGGAUCUCCGCAUAACAUUUUGGUUUCCGAUUUCCACAAACAAAGCUAACUGACAGCCAGAUUACACCUGGCAGGGCGUUUAUAAAGAGUUUUUUGAGCGGCGCUAAAGGGGUUUGAGAGGGAAUGGCAGCUCCGCGGCCCGUUAAAGGCAUUUUAAAAAAUAAAGCCACCACCAAACCGUGUAGUGAAGUUCCGUUUGAAAGCACAGAGCCGACAGGAUCCGGCUUCACCGAGGAUGAUCAACAGAAGAAGUCACAGAAAUGGGACGAGAUGAACAUCUUGGCCACUUAUCACCCACCUGAUAAAGACUAUGGUCUGAUGAAAAUCGAUGAACCAAGUACGCCGUAUAACCGGAUGGUAGGUGAAGAUGAUGAUGAUGAAGAAGUGCACAGUGAUUCAGAAGGUAACGCAGCCCUCACUGUGGACGACCUUGCCAAAAAACUGGCAGCGGCUGAAGGUUCGGGUCCUCGGUGUAUGCGGGAGGAAGAGGAGGAGAGCAGUGAGGAGGAAGAGCAGCUCAGUCCAGAGGAACAGGCUAAAAAGAAGCAGUUUGAAAUGAUGAGGAAGAUGCAUUAUAAUGAAGGACUUAACAUUAAACUGGCCAGACAGCUGAUCGCCAGAGAGCUGGAGGAGGAGGAGGAGGAGGAAGAGGAGGAGGAUGCGGAGAUGAAGGAUGACACGGAGACGGAGGACAUUAAUGUAGACCCUCCUCAAGAUGCAGAUUCACUGGAGUCAUAGGUGAAGGAUGUAGUGCUUUGGCAAGAGUCUCAGAAGCUGUGAUUGAGGACGUGCUUUUUGUAUUCAACACGCACUGCAAUGCAAAACUACACUGACCCGCCGGCUGUUCAGUCUGUUGCCAAGAGUGUGUCGUGUUACUUUUGUCUCGCAAGAAACAAAGGCCUAAAGACUGUUAUCAGAGAGGCAAAGUCAUCAGCGAUAACCAAGCCCCUGCUUUUUAUUUUUAAAUUUGACAUGCAGCCACAAAACUGCAUUGUUAGUACAAGCUAAUAAAGCCCCAUGUAUACCAGCUAUUAUUGCCUAUAGAAGGCGUAAUCUGUAUUUUUCCGUUUAGUUGGAAUCGAUACACAUUACUAAGCCUUAUAUUCAAGUUUUUAAUCAUUAAUAAUUCAGUUUGAAUUUGGAUUGACAUGGACUGUCCACUUAAGUGAAUUUGUCCCUCCUAUGGGACGUCACUACAAACAUAAACCAGAAGCUUUGUUCUCCAUGUAAAAACAUAUCUUUGAGUCUUAAAAAUAUUUGGUGGUUAGACACCCUAAUAUGACAUAAAACCAACACCUAAAAGUAUAUUUAUAUUCACUAACCUCCUAACAGCAGAAACCCACACCACGCUACACAGAUGUGAUUUGAGCCAACAUGGGUGUUUAGUUGGCCUUUACACUUUUUUUUUUAUUAUUAUUUAUUUUUAUUUAUUUAUAUUUUUUGUUAAAUCACUUUUGAAACAGCACCAAAUAUGGAGUCAUUUUUGUGCCAAAUGUAAAAAUGUCCCCUUUUUACCUCAGAUGUUUGGCUUCUGAAGUUUUUUUUCUAGUAAUAAUUGAACUAGCAAGUAAUGAAAACAUAAUGGCUAGCAGCUCAACAAUUUCUUCAGGUAUAGGCAAAGAAUGAGAAGUAAAACAUUCCUUUUUAUCAGGAAGCUUUACAGGAACAGGCCAGUUCACACUCAUCUCCUCAGAUCUAAAUGGACUGUAACCCCUGAAUCUGCCAAUCCUGGAAGUGUGGGCCAAUAGAUAACGGGAGCUUAGACAAUUUCAUUUUGAAUGUUCUACUACAUUAUUGUUUCUGUGGUAAAAAAGCUCCUUCACAGAGAUGUGUAUGGUGGAUUUGCCACGUAAACUGACUUAAAACGUUUGUAAUCAUUGACACGAUAAAGUCUUCUGUAACAUUUAUGGAAGGUGUCUCAAUGUCAGCCAUUUGUAACACAAAGGUGGGGGUUUCUUGUUAACGUCGAGAGAGGCUGGUGAGAAUAUAGGUAAGCCUAAGCUGAAAUUAAUGUACCACAACGUUGAAUGUAAGUAUGAACUGAUAAAUUAUGAUGUGAUGUUCUUUACUAAAAAUUGUUGGUAAAUUGCUGUGGUAGGAGAGGAAUUAAACAUUUUGGGGGAUAGUUAAAAAUAAAAAAAACAACUUUGGGGUGUUUGUAGAUUUCAAUACUAAAUUUUUUUGGCACUAAAAUGACUCUAUAAUGGACCUUUUGCCUUUUUUAUAUAAAAAGGUUGAAUAAUUUGGGACUUUUAAAUAAAGGUUGCUAAUGAGGAUGGCUUUUUAUGGCGUGAAAUUAAAGGAACAGCCAAAAAUGAAAUGAAUAUGAAAUCCUUUCCUUUGUCAGGUUUGUUUGCUCCUUGUUCUUUAGUGGUGCACUGCAGCUAACAUAGCUGACAAGUAAUGGAAACUUGUAGCCACCUCUUUGGCAUCAUGCAACCUUCAUACUGCUAGAGGGGGUUUUUUGUACACUUCAUUUUUGACUGAAACAUCACUUUAAAGCUUGUGAUUUAUUUGAUGUCCACUGUACGCACAGCUAAUGAAUUUUGCUCUCUAUUGCUUGAGAGCUAAUGACAUACAGCUGUGCCUGAUGUUAUAAAUUAAGUUUCAUAACAUUUAAGUAAAACUGUGUAAACUACUGAAAUUGAAAGGGAGUUGUUAAGGGAUUGGAAUCCUAGAGAGAUUUGGCUGUCUCAAAUGCUAGUAGACUGCCUUUGCGAAAAUGUGGGAUUAGGGACGCUGUAUAAAGAGCAAACCUGCUUGCUAAUUAGCAUGAUUGCUCGUGUGUGUGUGUGUGUGUGUGUGUGUGUGUGUGUGUGUAUUAACACUAGCAUUUGGGAUGGACCUUUCAUGUUUUGCCAGUCCUGUUGUAUUGUUUGUGGUCCCCCCUACC